AUGAUAUUAAGAAUUAUUUUUCUUAUUGCCUGGGCAGCAACCAACCAUUUUAGCACCUGGCUUGCUUCUAACCUCAGCAUAUUUUAUUUGCUCAAGAUAGCCUUUCUCCAACCUAUUUUUAUUCACCUAAGGAGGAGAGAGAAGAGUGUCAUUUUAGUGUCAGGCAUUCUAUUAGAACCUCUGAGGAACAUGUAGGUCCAUGACAAAGGGUUAAGCACCAAGGUCUAUAUGAAGGUGUUACAAGCUCUGGUCUCCAUUCUCUUGUUAUUUGCCAUGUCUUCUCCAUCUUUAAUUGUGUCUGUGGGCCUUCUAAUAGAAUGCUGA